AUGUUCGUUUCAGAAAGAAGCAAGUUCGAGGAGACUGGCGAGAGUAGUGGUUGCCUCGGGAGAUAUGAUGAACACGAGUUCCGCGGAACACCGCUCUCCGCGGUGCUCGAGUUUUUCCGAAGCCGAAGUGCGCGACUCCCGAGCCGCCUGGAAGCUUCUUCAGCUGGACCGGAUGAGCCUCUCGCAAAAGCCGGCCCAGAGACGACCUUUGCGAAUUUGUCUCUUUGUCCUCGCAUCUCUGCAACACCGCUGGAUGUGAAAUUCGAAAAUUCCAUGAACACAUCGGCCGCUUUCCCCAAGGCCGCGGGUCUUCCCGCACGCCUGCUGCGGGCACCUUCCACCUAUACGAAGCAGACCACAACCGGGCAACCGCUGUGCUCUGCCAAUUCGAGCCGGGGGUUCCAUACGCAUGUAGCGAAACCUCCUACUCGCCGGCUACGGGCGAGUGUCAACAAGAAAAAUGAAUUUGUUGCGCCGUUAGCUAGAGCGUUCCACACUACUGCUCCUCUCGCCGCAAUUCCGGAUCCUUACAAGGUUCUUGGAGUCGACAAAGGCGCCUCCGCAAGUGACAUCAAGAAGGCCUAUUACGGCAUGGCCAAGAAGUACCACCCGGAUACGAACAAGGAUGCCAAUGCAAAGGAGAAGUUUGCCGAGGCCCAAUCCGCGUACGAACUCCUAUCGGAUGCCAAGAAGCGCGAAAAUUAUGACAGAUUCGGCUCCGCAGCCUUCGACCAAAACGGCGGAUUUGACCCCAAUGCAGGCGGUAAUCCCUUCGCUGGCGCGGGUGGGGGGUUUGCGCAGGAUAUCAACUUCGAGGAUCUUUUCGGUGCAUUUGCUGGAGGUGGCCGCCGAGGAGCCCGGGGUCGACGAAACCCUUUCCAAGAACAGAUUCUCGUCGGCGAGGACAUCGAGGUGCAAAACAAUAUCUCGUUCAUGGAAGCUGCAAAGGGGACUUCUACAGAGAUCAAGAUCACUCCGCUCACUCAAUGUGGAACCUGUAAGGGCGACGGACUGAAAUCUGGGGCAAAGCGGUCCCAAUGCAAGCAAUGCAAUGGAUCUGGAACUCGUGUUCACUUCAUGCAGGGCGGUUUCCAGGUUGCUGCAACGUGCGAUGCCUGUGGGGGCGUUGGAAUGAUAGUUCCCCGCGGCUCUGAGUGUGGAUCUUGUCACGGAAACGGUGUUGUUCGGGAGAGCAAGACCAUCAAGGUUGACAUCCCUGCUGGAGUGGAAGAUGGCAUGCGAAUGAGAGUCAGCGGCGAGGGUGACGCGCCUCCCACAGGAACGUCUGCGGCUGCUGGCGCUCGCACUCAACGGGGUGACCUCUAUGUUACCAUUCGAGUUGCUCCCGACCACCGUUUCAGUCGUAACGGCUCUGACAUUCUUUAUACCGCCACACUUCCACUCACGACGGCCCUCCUGGGGGUCAAAGUUGCCACCGGUACCGGCACCGGUGACCGAAUUACACUGUCGGGCAUGGGCAUGAAGAAGCUUGGAGGCCGUGGCGGACGAUUCAGCCCAUCUGGUGACCUCAAAGUCGAAUUCAAGGUUGCCAUGCCUAAGUAUUUGACAGGCAAUCAACGGACUAUCUUGGAAGUGCUGGCCGAUGAGAUGGGCGACAAGACUGCCAAACGCACUAUGAAUUUCAGCAAGGAAAAAUCGCCCUCAUCGUCUGAUUCCGCCGCCGACGAGCACAAGAAUGAAGGAUUUCUGAAAUCUGUGUGGCACAAACUCACGGACAAGGCUUCUGAUACCCCCAAAUCCGCGAACUCCGGUACUGAAGACGCUGGCAAGGAUGGUGCCAGUAACGAUGACUCUAAGAAGUCUAAGUAA